UUUUGACUAUCUUAUCCUAAAAGGUGCGUACCGAAUACCUGGGGCCUCCAGUUUUUGUAUGCUACUCUAGUACCUUGGGCUCAGGUGGCGUCUCCUUUUUCUAGAAUCCUGAUUGAAACAAUAUUACGUUGGUACCAGCAACUUUUCUAAGUUCACUACUUCUCCAUCGGAGUCCAUCCUGCAAUCGUCACCAUGCGCCUCCCAUACGUUCCCAACCCACCCCCAGCCUCCAACGAAGAGGAUGAAGCCAUUCUCAAGCGCGUCCAAGUUAGAAGGGGAGAACGGGGCCUCCUCCCCCUCGACCUAGCACUUCUCCAUUCAUUCCCCGUUGCCGACGGCUGGAAUUCAUUUCUCGGCGCUAUUCGUACCAAGACCUCGAUUUCCCCAGACAUUCGCGAAAUCGCAAUCUGUCGCGUUGCCGCUAUAAACGAAGCAUGGUUCGAGUGGAAACACCAUGUUCCCUUGUUGACAGAGGCCGGUUUCCCCGAUGAGGCAUUAAAACUUGUGCAGCGUGGAGUAGACAACCCACCCACUGACGCUGAACUGGCGGCAUUGAUGUCCUCAAAACAAAUUGCCGUUUUAAAGUACACGGAGGCAAUGACGAGGACGGUUAAUGUACCCGAAGAGGUGUUCGCGGAGUUGAGGAGGCAUUUCAGUGAGAAGGAGGUUGUCGAGAUAACAGCUACAGUUGCGGCGUAUAAUUGCGUGAGUAGGUUUUUGGUUGCGCUGGAUGUUGGGGAGAUGAACAAAUAAAUAGAGACUUGCUCAUAAGUCCGGUUAUGAUGAGUUGCCUAAUAUAGCCCUGGUAUAGAAUCCACGCUGAAUAUAAGUUGCCAAUUCGAGCUUCAACAAGGGAUUCCUCAAAUCUAAUAUAAAUUUCUCAUGAAGGCCUAAAAUCUGUUGGAGCGGGAAACGAACAAGGCUUCAGUGUAUGUAAGAUAAACAUUAAUUGAAAUCCGGUUUUAAGCGGCGCAACCUGGCAUUCGCUGGGUCUUUCCUUAUUUGACAAUAUAAUUUUGUAUUCGUUGAUAUGAGGCAUAUUUAAAUUCACCAAGAGAAAAU